GCAUGAUGAGAUUGUAUAAACAAACAUUUUCUUCUCCAAAUUGUGCGACCAACCCAACCCAUUUGAUACGCAAGCCUCUCAGUGGUCAAAACAGUCAAAAUCCCAUUCAAUGUCACUCCUAAACAAGGCAUCCACAGACUUCUCCCACUAAUCCAUGGCCGUCCUUUUCUACGCCUUUGGACUUUUCCGCCUCUGAGUUGUUGAAAAGUUAGAAAGACCGACACAAAAGGAAGUCUUCGUCACAAAACUGAUGUUUCGUAGCUGAUUCUUAUGCUGCAGACAGCCAGAGAGGGUCUUGUACGUUUUCUUCUUUUCCCUGAUAUUUCUUUUUUUUCAUUAUUCUUCUUCUUAUAGAAGAUAGUUCCCAUACAAAAUACUUGCACCAUUUUCUCUUCUGGGUAUGUCCCAAAUCUUCUUUAUCUUUUAUGUAUAACUGGGAUUAGUCAAUUGCGUUUCAAAUUUUCUUGGGUCUUCAAGGAUCUAAGGUUAGUGUCUGUAACAUCCUCGUAUCAAAUUUAGGGCUGCUGCUAGAGUUCCUACUGUUGUUGUUGUUGUUGUUGUUGUUGUUUCUUGUAACUCACUCAUCUUGUAAGAUUGUUUUUCCUUAAAUAAAUUGCUCUUGAGUUGGGUAAAAUUGUUUUUCUUAAUUUUAUUCCAAGGAUGUUGAAUGCCAAAGAUGUGGUUGUUGUUGCCCCCACUCUGAUAUUGUUUACGAUGAUGGUGUUGCUUAGUAGUACUAGUUCAAGUUUAGCCACUUUGAGUGAUAUUUACUGCUUGAGAACCAUCAAAGACUCUCUUGAAGACCCUUAUGGCUACUUGAACUCCUCCUGGAAUUUCAACAACAAUACCGAGGGAUUCAUUUGCAAGUUCACUGGUGUGGAUUGUUGGCACCCGGAUGAGAACAAAGUUCUAAACAUCCGGCUUUCAGACAUGGGUCUCAAGGGCAAGUUUCCUGCUGGCAUCGAGAAUUGUUCAAGCUUGACGGGCUUAGAUCUUUCAAACAACAAGCUAUCAGGACCCAUCCCGGAUGAUAUAUCACAUAAACUCACGUUUGUGACAUCCCUUGAUCUCUCAUCCAACAGUUUCUCAGGUGAGAUCCCGCUGAAUCUUGCAAAUUGUUCUUACUUGAAUGUGCUUAAACUCGACCACAACCAGUUAGCCGGUAAGAUCCCGUUGCAACUCGGGCAGCUCAGUCGGAUCAAGACAUUUAGUGUGUCCAACAAUCUCUUGUCAGGGCAAGUCCCUGUGUUCAGCUCUACUUCUGUUGCAACGGCUGAGAGCUAUGCCAACAAUCUGGGACUCUGCGGGGGACCCUUGAGAGCCUGCCAAGGUGCCCCAAGGAAAUCUCAUGUUGGAGUCAUUGCCGCAGCAGCAGUUGGUGGGAUAACUUUUACAGCUAUUAUUGUGGGUAUUGUUCUCUACUACUUCUCGCGCGGAGUAGUUAUAAACAAGAAGAAGAAGGAAGAUGACCCUGAAGGUAACCAAUGGGCAAAGAGUAUAAAAGGAACCAAGGGCAUCAAGGUUUCAUUGUUUGAGAAGUCAGUUUCUAAAAUGAGAUUGAGUGAUCUCAUGAAGGCAACUGACAACUUCAACAAAAGCAAUAUCAUUGGAACAGGAAGGACCGGAACAAUGUAUAAAGCGUUGCUUCCUGAUGGUUGUCACCUUAUGGUUAAGAGGCUACAGGACUCGCAGCGUUCAGAGAAAGAAUUUGUGUCUGAGAUGAACACACUGGGGAACGUCAAACACCGUAACUUGGUUCCCUUGAUGGGAUUUUGCAUGGCAAAGAAGGAGAGAAUUUUGGUGUACAAAUUCAUGGAAAAUGGGAGACUCUAUGAUCAACUACAUGCUGCUAGUACUAGUACUGAAGCUGAGGCUAGGAGAAGCAUGGACUGGCCCUUGAGGCUCAAAAUUGGGAUUGAAGCAGCCAGAGGUUUGGCAUGGCUUCAUCAUAACUGCAACCCACGGAUUAUUCACCGUAACAUCAGCUCCAAGUGCAUACUUUUGGAUAAGGACUUCAACCCCAAGUUAUCCGAUUUCGGCCUUGCGAGGCUUAUGAAUCCGGUCGACACCCAUUUGAGUACUUUUGUCAAUGGAGAGUUUGGGGAUUUGGGUUAUGUUGCUCCUGAGUAUCCCCGGACAUUGGUAGCCACUCCGAAAGGGGAUGUUUACAGCUUUGGAGUUGUUCUUUUGGAGUUGAUAACAGGUGAGAAACCGACCCGUGUGGCUAGUGCUCCCGAAAGCUUCAAGGGAAGUUUAGUUGAGUGGAUCACAGAUCUGUCAAGUAAUUCCCUUCUCCAAACUGCCAUUGAUAAGUGUUUGGUCGGAAAGGGUUUUGACAAUGAGCUUACACAAUUUCUUAAAGUUGCUUGUAAUUGUGUGUUGCCAACUGCAAAGGAGAGACCUACUAUGUUUGAAGUGUACCAGCUUCUUAGAGCUAUUGGGGAGAGGUACCAUUUCACAGCUGAUGACGAAAUCUUGAUGCCAUCUGAUACCAGUGAUGUUUCUUUUCCGGAUGAACUUAUUGUUGCUCAAGAAAAAACUCAGGUCCACUGAAAAACACUGGGUUUCUCUUUGACUGAGAUAUUCUAGUUUGAUCUCAUAUGAAACCUACCUGUUUGACAUAUAAUAGUUCUAGAUGUAAUGGCUUCUUGACAUAAUAUUAGCAUUAUGCAAGAUAUAUGUAUACAUAAUAUGUAACAUUUCACGCCUGUUGGGCCACAGCUAAUUGUAUAUAUAUCUAUCUAUAUUAAUAUUCUACUUGGUUCUCA